AUGACUAUGGACUAUGCUACCGAGAAAAAGCUUCGACCACUCUAUGAGGCAAUUGAUGAAGGGCAAAACAAAUUAGCUUUACAACACUGUGCCAAGUUAUUGAAAAAGAAUCCAGACUGGCCACUUGCUUUGAAAUCACUUACCCUUGUGCGUUCAGGAAAAGACAGCGAGGCAUUGCAACUGUGCGAACAGGUCAAGAAGGCAAUUCCAACCGAUGAACCUACUCUUCAAGCUGUUACAUUAGCUUUGAAAGAACUUGGGAAGCACAAUAUGAUUGUUGAAUUAUAUGAAAAUGCGGCAAAUCAACAACCAAAGAAUGAAGAAUUUGGUAACCAAUGGUUCAUGGCCAUGGUUCGCAACAAUGACUACAAAGGACAACAGGCUGCAGCUGUGAAGCUACAGCGAGUAUUCAAAAACGACAAAUAUCUCUUUUGGGCCAUCAUGUCCUUGGCCCUUCAGGGUCAAAAUGGAAACAUGCUAUCUUAUACCUUGGCGGAACGUAUGAUGGCAAAGGCCUUAGAGGAAAAGAGGUUGCAGGAAGUAGAGCAUUUGCGUCUCUAUUUACUUAUUUUGAUGGAUCAGAAAAAGAAUAAGGAAGCAUUGGAUCUUUUGCUGAAUAAUGAACUCGGCAAGAAGGCUCUCAGAGAUCCAGAGGUAAGACAGAUCAAGUCUGAGUUGCUUCGUGACAGCAAAAGAUGGGCAGAAGUACUUGUUCAAAGUCAAGAGGCUUUAGAAAAAGAAAACUCGGAUGAUUGGUUCAGUUGGUUAGCUUAUUUUGAAGCAGUAGAGGCACUAGUAGUAGAGGAAAGCCCCGAAAAAGUAAUAGAAGAUGCCAAAAAUUUAAUUAUGACAACACAAAAUAUGGUCCUUGACAGCAAGAUACUCAAGCGAGGACCUUUCCUGGCUGAAUUGGAGUUUAUACAUAGACUACACAAGAUUGGUAUCAAUCAAGAUCAGCAAUUGUUUUUGGAAAAAAUCACUUCUUAUUUUGCUCGCUUUGGAUCAAAGAGUUGUGCGUUUGAAGAUAUCCAGGCCUACAUUAGCUCCCUAAGCCAAGAUAAGGAGAAAGCUAGUCAUUUGAUACAGUCUAUGAAGGAAUUGAUAAAGCCAUCCUCAGAUAUGUCCACUCAAGUCAAGAACGUUUAUAUGAAUAUCAAUAUCCGCAAAUUUGAACGCUCUUUGGGUCUUCAUCAAACAUCAGAUAUACAGCAAGCGCAUGAUGUCGUCAAUGAGCUUUGGCAACAGUAUCAAGAUGCUCUGCCUCUCGGAAAAGAACUGGAAAGGACAGAAUUACAGUAUGGAGAUGAGUUUGUGAUCUUGGCAAGUCAUAUUUUACUUGAUCUCUAUUGCCAACACGAACAGAGCUCAUUUAUAAUAGAGGCCAUCUCUCUAUUAGAAAUAGCCUUGGCAAAGAGUGUUUACAACUUUAGAAUCAAGCUAAUGUUGGUCCGUCUGUACCUGAUGAUUGGCGUUUACAAGCGUCCAUUCGAGAUUUACAAGACGAUGGAAAUUAAACAAGUACAAUUCGAUACUAUGAUACACUAUUUUACGGAUCGAUUUAUCCCCCUUGGAUGCAGUGACGAUAUAGAAUCUGUUCUAGUUGAUUCCAUGCAGAUCUAUAGAGGAAACGAAGUAGAGACUCCUGAAAUGCUUGUAAAAGCAUAUCAAUACGGCACUUAUUCCAAGAUUCAAGAGUUUAUCGAGUUCCGUCGCCGCCUUGACACCUCCCUUCAGCACACUGUUACGCAAAUCGAACUUAAGCGUAUUGAUUUUAUCCGUUCUUCCUUCCAAGCUAAAUAUGCUGUUCAGUACUUUAAUGAGAAUGAUGUCAAGGAAUUAAAAUAUGAUGAUAAGCACUUUGAAGCAGCGUCUGAUAACAGAGACUUUAAAGUGUUUGCAAACUACAAUAGCAGCGAUCAACCUUCAGCCGAAGAGAUUUGCAAGCCUGCAAAAAGCACCAACAAAGUAUGGGCUCAAAUGUAUAGCUACAUUUUGAAUAUUUUGGACGCCGUUUGUGCUGCUAAAGAAAAGAGGGACCUAAAUGCAUUGGUACAAGAGGCUGAAAAGUUCAUUGCAGCUGAUGAUAUCAAAGAAAACAUUACUGUUCAAGAGCACUACUUGGCCAGCUACAUCACCCAUCUUGCAAGCGCGUUAGCAUCCAUUGAAGCAAACAAGGCCUCUGAAGCAACGGACAAGCUUAAUUCGGCGAUAUCCAUUAUACAGGAACAAUUCUGUAAUGUAGAAUCGUUUUCAGAAAACAACACUAGUUGGAAUACAUUUCACAAAGUAUUCAAUACCUUGGAAGCAUUCAGCUAUACUCUUGUCUUGGUAGAGGCCAUCAACCGAUCUUUAGGACUGACUAGCAAAGAAGCCAAAAGAAAAGCAGCUGAGGCAGCCGAGAAAGAUAGUCUUAUGGCGUGUCUAUUCAAGUUACAAGAAGCGUCUAAGCAAUCCUUACAACAAAUGCAAGUCGUAGUCAAUGCUGGAAAGGAUUUAUUUAGAGUUCAAUUCCAAAAGAAACUUUUCAAAGAAGUAACUGAUUCUGAAAAGUCUGCAGCUUGCUUAUCUUUAAAGGACUAUCAAAACACCAUAAACCAUCAUAUAAAGAUGAUAGUAUCUAGCUGGGGUCAAUCUGUGAUCAGACUCUCAGAAGAGAUUGAUAGACGUUUACAGAAGUUAUAA